CAUAGCUCAUUGAAGAGGGAAGUAACCUGAGCUUACUGGAUCUGUGAUUGUGUUUUCUGUUGCUGGCUCUGUAUAGGAAAAAGAGCUGGCUGGAUAUAAAGAGCUGGCUGUUUACUGAGCGCUGGAGGCUGCAGGUGUUUUGUUCAGGUUAGAAAUCCCAGUAGGACAUGGAAGUCAGGUUCAAAGAUCACAUGAAACCAGGCAUGGAGGAGUUAACAAUAUGGGAGCAACAUACAAUAACGCUAAACAAAGAUUCCAAAUUCGGGUUUGGUUUUGCAAUAUCAGGAGGCAAGGACAAGCCUCAGCCCGAUGGGGACACAUCUGUAAUGGUAUCAGAUGUGCUGCCAAAUGGCCCGGCCAUGGGACGACUGUUCACCAAAGACCAAAUUGUCAUGGUCAAUGGAGUACCUAUGGACAACGUCCACUCUAACUACACCAUUCAGACCCUCAAGUCUUGCGGCAAGACGGCAAACAUAACAGUCAAACGUCCUCGGAAGAUCCAGAUCCCAGUGUCCACAUCCGCCAGACCAACUCGGGCGGCCUCGCAAUCCAACCUGCUGGAUCAGGAUCCUCCGAGACGAACACGACGCCACUCCGACGGCAGUGACAACACUGACACCAAUCGCUACCGUUACCGUGACAACGACGACCGUUACCGCAGCAAUGACCGUUACCGCCGUCGCAGCCCCUCACCUGAACGCAACGGGUAUGGAAACACAGUGCCAUUGAUGUCAUCGGGGUACAAGAGGCUGCCGAACAACGAUGUCGCAGCAAAACCCAUCAGAACUACUUUGGUUAAAAAGAAAACCACAGAUGAGUAUGGACUGAAACUGGGCAGUCAGAUCUUUAUCAAGCACAUGACAGAAACAGGCCUAGCUGCAAGGGAAGGCACGCUACAGGAGGGAGACCUCAUUCUCAAGAUCAAUGGCAUGACAACAGAGAACCUUUCCCUGCUGGAGACCAAACACCUGGUGGAGAAGAGCAGAGGCAAACUGACCAUGACAGUUCUCAGGGACGACCGCAAGUUCCUGGUCACCAUCCCAGAGGUGGAGGACAGCCCCCAGAACAGUGAUUACGACCGUCGCAAAGACAGCAGCUCGGAGAUGGAGGACAUUUCAGAUAUUGACGAGGGGCUCCCACCCCACAGAGCAUCACGUCCAGCUGCCAAAGAGAGGCGGACACGCAGAACAAAAGCUGAACCUCAACUGCCAAAGUCUCGGGAUCAAUCACCUGUGCGCUCCACCUUAACCCGGCCGCCUGCAAGAACUUACGCCUCUCGCCAAGCUCCAUCUGAAUCGGAUUCCGACCACAGUGCAUCUCCUCCUCGUCCUCCAGUCAGAGGAGAGAGGGAGAAAGACAGUCUGGACAUAAGGGACCAAACCAGCAAAUACAAAUCUCUCUCAGGGGUCUCCACUCUCCCCAACCCCAGAGCCUCUCCUGUAGCUCACAACUGGACUGCACCUGGCCCCCCAUCCUCCACCGCGUCACGGCCCCGCAGGCCGGUGUCAGAGUCGGACUCGGACCGUGAAGCUUCCCCGCCCCCACAAAGAGACGGCCCUCGUCUGGACAGUAGAUACAAAGUUCUUCCUGAUCGUUACUCAGGCCGGGUAUCUUCCCCCAUUGUUGUUCGCCAGGAUCCACCAAGAAAGGUCAACUCACCUGUGAGAGUCCCGCCACCAGAUUCUGAUUCCGAGUCAGAUGGCUUCUCGGAGCCUCCUCAGAGGCGUAGCACUACAUACAGUCAGGACUCUCUCAGCCGAUACAGAGUCUUACCAGAAGUUUCCCUGCAGUCAGAGGUGGAGCCACCAAAAUGGAGCGCUGCCAGCAAUCCACCACAGAAAGCGAACUCAGGGUCUGAAUCUGAGGCCAGUUACGCAUCAGUCCCCAGGAGGGAUUCUACUGGCAGCAGAAACUCCGACUCAGCCAGGAACAGAUACAGGGUGCCUCCUGGAAAAUCCACUUCGGUUUCUGUGAAGCCUCUUCGUCGAGCCCCGUCACCCACCAGACCGCCCCCAGAUGAUUCCUCUGAGUCAGAUGAGCUUUCCCAUCUUAGGAGGUCUGGCAGCUCUGAGCGGGGGGACAGUCACCGCAAUGCUCCUCGUGCUGCAAAUGGAACCAGCACCGUCAGGUCUGGGAUUUCGGUGAAGAACAACCCACCCGUCUACUCCAAACCUGAAGAAGAGCCUCUCUAUUUCCUGCCUCCAGAUUCAUACCCAUCUACUCCAGGGUACAGCUCAGACGUGAAGAGAGUGUCAUUUGUAAAGGAGCGCAGUUUGGGUUUGAGACUCGUGGGGGGCAACGAUGUUGGUAUCUUUGUAGGUGGAGUCCAGCCACACAGCCCUGCGUAUGAACAGGGAAUGAAGGAGGGAGACCAGAUCAUGCAGGUAAAUAAAGUUGAUUUUGGCCAUUUCACACGAGAAGAAGCUGCCAACUUCCUCCUUGACCUCAAGACAGGACAACAGGUUGAAAUCUGCACGCAGAACAAGAUGGACCUUUACAAAAAGAUCAUCAAGUCCAGCCUGGGAGACAAUUUCUACAUCCGUACGCACUUUGACCAUGAUUCUGAAGGUCCCAUUGGUCUGGGCUUCACCAGAGGAGAAGUGUUCAGGGUGGUGGACACAAUGCAUCGUGGGAAGCUGGGCCAGUGGCUGGCCAUCCGCAUGGGAAAUGAUCUGCACGAGAUGGACAAGGGCACUAUCCCCAAUCAGGCCAGGGCAGAGAAUCUGGCCAAGAUGGAGCAGGCACAGCGGGCGAGUGGCGAGAGACAGGUGUCGGGGCCGAGAGCCGAGUUCUGGAAACUACGGGGGCUCAGAGGGAAUAAGAAGAAUGAGAAGAACAUGCGGCGGAGUCGUGAGGAUCUGAUGCAGCUCACUAUUCAGGGCAAAUUCCCGGCUUAUGAGAGAGUCCUGCUCAGAGAAGCUAAUUUCAGGCGGCCCAUUGUCAUUCUGGGUCCUCUUAAUGAUAUCGCCAUGGAGAAGCUGGCCAGAGAGAUGCCUGAUGAUUAUGAAGUGGCAGAGAUGGUUCCUCGUAGUGGAGGAGGAGAUGGUGGCUCCACAGUUAUUAAACUGGACACUGUGAGGAAAAUAGCAGAGAAGGACAAACACCCUCUGCUGGACAUCACUCCCACUGCAGUGGAGAGGCUCAACUACAUCCAGUACCACCCGAUGGUUCUGUUCUUAGACCCACACAGCCGCAAGGAUGUCAAGACCAUGAGGCAGAGGUACAGCCCCAACUCCAACAAGAGCUCCAGACGCCUUUACUCACAGGCCGUCAAAAUGAGGAAACACUGCAGCCACCUUUUCUCAGCUCGUGUGGACCUAGAUCCCAGCUCCCACUCUUGGUAUGAGAGUCUAAAGAAUAAGAUCCGCCACGAGCAGACCAAACCUGUCUGGGUGUCUGAAGUCACGUUGGAAAGUGGUGGAGAACAAGACUUAGAUGCUUUGGACCAAACCCAGACUGACUACCUCAGUGCUGCUAGUGACCUGGAGGACACUGAUGGAGAGGGCUUCACAGAUGAUGCCUACACUGACAAUGAGGACCUGGAGGAGUCUUACCGUGGUCAGGAUCCAGCCAGGACCCCAGGGGGCUCCAGGGUGGCUGGAGCUGCAUUAGCCCGAUCAUCUGAGCCAGCAACCGGACCUGAAGACGAACCAGAGGAAAACGAUGAUGCGUACGCACCCAGAGAAGUCCCGCCACUAAUGCACGUACCUGAGCCCAAGUCACCCCGUCAGGAAUAUUACAGCCCACCGCAGAGUGAUGGUGAGGAAGAAGAUCCCUCUCAUCGCAGUUUUACAGACUCGGACUUCAGCGCUCUUGAUGUAGCUCCACCUGCCACUCCGUCCGAUGGACCACCAGAUUUCAGAGCCCCAGACCCCAUACGUCAGCACCCAGUGGACGAGCCUUCAUACGCCGAGGAGCAGCCCGAGAGAUCCCAGCAUGCCAGCCUGUCUGCUAUCGAAGACCUAUUAGAACGGGCUCGCUCAGCAGAGACACAGGCACAAGAUGAGGAUAAGAAACCCCCUCAAUUCAUCGUGCUCGCACAUCACCACCAAGCAGUCCAGUUCAGACGCACACAGAUCCAGGGCAGCGACAGCUCUGAGGAUGACUUUGAUGAUGCGGAUGACAUGGAAUGGGGUCCUGCAACUGAACUUUAGACACCCAGAGGAUUUUUGAAGCCACUUUUCCUCGUGAUCUACAAAGGACAUGGAAACAGUUUCACUCCCUCAAGUGAACUCUUGUGUCCUGGAUAAUUAGAUAAUAGUGUUUUUGUUUUGUUUUUAAUUAAUCUAAAGAGAACCUUGUUCAGGUGUCACUGCAGCCUUUAAUGACAACUGCAAGAUUUAAAGUCACAGAAAAUGCUCUCAGAUGAAUAUUGAGAUCAAAGUGCCUGAUUGUAUUUGCAGUGUUGGUUUUUAUUUAAAAAUCCCCGUGUGAAACAAAUCAAUUUCCCCUUUUAUUGUUACUGUAAUAUACAAUGAUGAGUGAUGAGUGUCCUUGUAGCAAUAGCAAGGGGAUUUAUUAUUCUUUAGUUUUUUUUUCUACAUUAAACUUUGUUUUAAAAAUG